UCGAAAUUUUGGACAAAGGUGACCUUUGUCCUAAAAACAAAGAGACACUAGGCGUCAGCGCCCCGGGGCUCGGUUUCCAGUCCCACUCUUGACGUGCUGUGUGACCUUGGGCAGUGGUCCCCUUCUGGACCAGAGUUUCCACAUCUGUGAAAUGAGGUGGUUGAACUCAGGACUAGGAGAUCGAAAGAUCUCCACGGUGCAGGGCUGAGAUGGAUCCGCUCAGGGCCCAGCAGCUGGCAGCGGAGCUGGAGGUAGAAAUGAUGGCUGAUAUGUACAACAGAAUGACAAGUGCCUGCCACCGGAAAUGCGUGCCUCCUCACUACAAGGAAGCAGAACUGUCCAAGGGCGAGUCUGUGUGCCUGGACCGGUGUGUCUCCAAGUACCUGGACAUCCAUGAGCGGAUGGGCAAAAAGUUGACAGAGUUGUCUAUGCAGGAUGAGGAGCUGAUGAAGAGGAUGCAGCAGAGCUCUGGGCCUGCGUGAGGCCCCAGACAGGACCCACCUCGAGGUGCACCCUGCCCCCUCCCACUUGUUUAAUUGAAGUGCCCCCACUGGGUGUCAUCUGUGAAGACCGCCAGGCCUAGGCGGUCUCUGGAGGGUCUCCGGGAGCCUGGGGCCUGGGGGCGUUCUCCCAGUCGAAGAAUGAGUAUCUGCCACACGGGAAUGUGACUGUAUGUGUAUGUAUAUAUAUAAAUAUAUAUAUAUUAAAAAAGUUUGUUGUCACCCUACUGUGUGCAAAACAAUGUGUCUGGCACAUCGGAGUAAAGGCAGCAGACGGAGUCUAAUGUAGUGUUUAAAAGUAUAGACUGGUAUAAUGACUUAGGUUUGCACUCCAGUUCAACCACUUGAUAUAUGACCCUGAACUGAGCGUGCCAUUUAACUGCUUUAGCUUGUUCAUUGUAAAAUGGGGUUAAUCGUAGGGCUAUUGUGAAGAUUAAAUGAGUUAAUAUGUGUGAAAUAUUUAGAAUAAUGACUGGGG